AUGUCGGGGCAGAGGGAACAGGACGGAGGGCAGACCGUCAACCGGGAGUUGGUCGGGGCCAGGCCGGCGGCGGCAGCUGGCACGGCAGGAGGUGCUUAUACUAGCUAUCUCAGGAAAGAGGCUCUCUUUGAUGCCGGUAGCUUAUCCGGGUGGCACUUGAAUGAUGGAGAUGAAGCGAAGCUUAUACAGAGUAUUGUGAAGGAGAUCUCUAGGCAGUUAGACCGCACACCCCUACAUGUUGCUAAGUAUCCAGUUGGGAUAAAUCCUCGAGUGGAAAAGAUGGUAUCAAUGUUAAAUCUUGAGUCUGAUGAUGUUCUCAUGAUAGGAUUAUGGGGGCCAGGGGGCAUGGGAAAGACAACUUAUGCGAAAGCCCUUUACAAUGCUAUUUUUAGAAAAUUUGAGGGUUCUUGUUUUUUAGCAAAUGUUCGAGAAGCUUCAAAAGAUUCUAAGGAUUUAGUUUCCUUGCAAGAAAAAUUGUUGUCUAAGAUAUUAUGGGGAAAAACAUUCACAGUGUUUAAUGUUGAUGGAGGUAUAAAUUUAAUACAAUAUAGACUUUGCCACAAAAAAGUUCUUCUUGUUCUCGACGAUGUCAAUGACAUAAAACAAUUAAAUGCUUUAGCUGGAGAUUGUGAGUGGUUUGGUAAAGGAAGUAGGAUCAUCAUCACUACUAGAGAUAACCUUUUGCUAACUUCACAUGGGAUAGAUAAAGAUCAAAUCUAUGAAGUUAAAAAUCUAGAGCAUUGUGAAGCUUUUGAACUUUUCAACAAGCAUUCUUUUUUGAGAAGCAACAAAAUAGCAAUACGACGAGAUCUAGUGGAUAGUGCUUUGGAGUAUGCUAAUGGACUUCCAUUAGCACUUGAGGUAUUGGGCUCUUUCCUUUGUGGUAGAAGAGAACAUGAGUGGAGAAGUGCAUUAAAUAAACUUGCCAAAAGUCCGGACAAAACAAUCAAUGAUGUUCUCAAGUUAAGUUACGAUGCACUAGAGGACUAUCAUAAGGAGAUCUUUCUUGCCUGUUUCUUCAAGGGGCGAUAUACAGAGGAUAUUAGGAAAGUUCUUGACUCUUGCGACUUUGACACAACUAUUGGAGUGCAAGUUCUUGUUGAGAAGUCCUUAAUUACCGAAGAGUAUGGGAAAUUACAGAUGCAUGACUUGAUUAAGUUGAUGGGCAUGAAUAUUGUUAAACAAGAAUGCCGUGAUGAUCCUCGAAGACGUAGUAGGUUGUGGCUUUGUGACGAUGUUCAUGAUGUUUUGUCGGGAGAUAUGGGAACAGAUGCAGUUAAAGCCAUUGUAUUGGAUUUACCUGAGCCAGAAGAGAUAGACAUAGAUCCUGAUGCUUUCACAAACAUGAGAAGGUUGAGGGUGCUCAUCAUGAUUAAUGUGCAUAUCUCUCUCCAAGGUCCCAUCUGUCUUCCUAAUGAACUAAGAUGGUUUGAAUGGCCCGAAUGUCCUUGGAGUCCACAAUUUUCCUCUGGUCAAAAGAAGUUAGUUGGACUUGAUUUGCCAAGAAGCAACAUCCAAGUAGUGAGGGAACAAUUUAAGGACUUCAAAAAAUUGAAGUUUAUUAACUUCAGUGAAUGCCAAUGGCUGGUUAAUAUACCAGAUCUCAAUUGUACUCCGAAUCUCGAGGAAUUGAAUCUCUUCGGGUGCAAAAACUUAGAACGUGACCAUGAAUCAGUUGCAUAUCACGGCAAGUUAUGGCGGUUAAAUUUAAUUGGGUGCUCUAAUUUACAAAGGUUCCCUGAUAUUCCAAAUAAAAACGAAAGCUUACAAGAGGUUUGGUUAGGAGAGACUUCAAUUAAGGAACUUCCUACAUCCAUAGAAAAUCUUGUCUCUUUGAAGUAUUUGUCUUUAUAUGAUUGCAAGAAACUAGUAAUCCUUCCAUCUAGCAUUUAUUGGUUGCAAAAUCUUGAAAACUUGGCUCUUGAUGGCUGCUCAAAACUAAUCAAGUUUCCAAAGAAGGAGGAGGAUUCGAGGGAUCCCCAUAAGAUGGGGUUUCCUAGUUUACAGUCAUUAAACCUUAAUGGAUGCAAUCUAUCAGGAGUGGAGUUCCUAGAGGAUAAUUCCUGUUUGCCCUUCCUACAAAAUUUGAGUCUAUCGGAAAAUAAUUUUACUAACCUUCCUACAUUUGAACAACUAUAUAAUUUGGAGAAAUUGUGGGUUUUGAAUUGCCAACAACUACAAGAGAUCCCCAAAAUUCUAGGGAGAUUGAGAAUUUUAAGGGCAACUGAUUGUGAAUCUCUAAGUAAACUUCCCUCCAACAUGUAUGACGUUGAGAAUCUUGAGUUAUAUUCAUGUCAACAACUGGCCCGCAAUGGGUUCUUUGUGGAUGAUUGGUUCAACCUUGAGAAAUUUCAUCGCCAAACAAAAUGCAAAGUUUUUGUACCUAGAGGAGAGAUGCCAAAGUGGUUGCUCCCCAAUAAAGAGGGUUAUAUAUCUUUCAUGGCUUCAAAGGACUUGUAUAAGAAGAUCUUAGGAGUAGUUUUUUGUGUUGUAUUUCAAGGAGAAAUGUCGUUUUUCCCAUUUGAGCUUAUAGCAUCCAUUAAUUGCAAAGGCAGGGAAAGUAUCAGGAUUGUCAGGUUAUUUGAUUUGGAUCAUGUGUGGCUUGAGUAUAUGGAAUCAAAAGAGGUGUGGGCAGUAGACAAUUUUGGUCCAACUGACUUGAGCCAUUUCCACCUUAGCAUUAGUGUAUCUAGAGAUCGUGAACUUCAACAUCGAAGAGUGAUGGUGAAAAAGUGUGGAUUCCGUCUAAUAUGCAAGCCACUAGAUAACGAUUUGGAGGUUUGGCUUCAAAAUGAUCAGCUAUUGAAUCCAGCUUUACUCUACGAGGUUUCGCAUGAAGAUAGUCUGACGAACACAAAGGAAAAAAGUUCAGGGUGAAAUAGACGAUUUACAAGAUAAUGAUACAUGGACAGAGAUAGAAUGAUUGAACAUGGCUGACUUCUCAAUUGAGGUUUCUCUCUCUCUCU